AUGCUUUCCCGCGUUCUUCAGUGUCACAAACAUCAUUUGUUCAGAUUGAAACCUACUACAAACACUUCUCGCCUUCUCUUGCUGAAUAGUACUCGCUGCUAUUCCAGUCUAUGUCUACCGUUUCAAACAGUUGUUUCUUCGGCUUCAAUAUUUCCACCUGUUCUACCCCUUCCGCGACUAGCCGCGCAAUACAGCUCGUAUAGUUCCAACACCGAGAACUUUUCCCGGGUGACUUCAUCCAAAAUGGCCACCGCUACUAAGAUUGACCUGUCGCCGGUGACAGAUUCGGGCAUUUACAGCUCAAGGGCAAGGGAAGAUACUGCGCGGACAGUGAGUGAGAUCUUGCAGGAAGACUUGACUAUCCACCAUGUCUUCUUUAACGACCAACAUUUCCACAAUCACAUAACUCAUCAGCUGCUUAGUAUCUAUGCUCUUGGCGCAGCACCAGAGGAUAUCAAGGCUGGCUAUGACCGGAAUAAGACUUACCAGAGACCCGCCCUUCCAGCGAACCAAGAUGUCAUCCAAUCUAUGCACGACGUCGCUAAAUUCCAAGAGUAUUUUGGGAAGGAAGAACAUUACCCUAAUUACCUAACUUUCUUCCAGCACGAGAUCGAUACAAAGGGUGUUGGUGAGGUUCUGGGGCAGUAUGUCUUCGCUGGAGAUGAGCGAGCUGAGAGUAUGAUGUGUCGGAUGUUUGGCGGCCUUAUCCAUCCGCUCAUCCAGCUCGGUUUCGGUAUAGAGUUCAACCAACCUGCCAUCGUAGCACAAGGCCUUGCCCAGACAGCAGUGCAUGAUGACUGGCUGGGUCGUGCGUUCUUCCUACCCGCGGAGAAGAUGGCUGGUGGUAUUGGAAAGUCGGGACAGAAGUCGACGCUCCAGCUCAUAAAUGAGAUGCGGGCAGACAAGGCUCUUGUUAAGAGUGUGCAGUGGUCCGACAGUAAUAAGAUCAUGGAUGGAGUGCUUCAUAGAGCACCGGAGCAGAUGCUGAAGUAUGCCUCGCAAUUCACUGUGUCUGAGGAUCAGAUGGAGGAGCGGUUGGCGGAUAUGAUCAAUACAGUCGUCUACUAUACCAGUGCCGCGCAGCGUCCGACCAGAGAGAUGAGACUUGAUUUCUUCUUCAUCCAUUGUGUCAAUUCGUCCAUCUUCUUUUCUAAAAUUAUCAACCUCCCCUUCUUGAAUCAGCGAUCCAAGCUGCGCAUGCUGGAAUGGAAGGGACGUAUCGAUCUUUUGAUGUAUACUUCACGUGGAACACCGGACCUUCUGCUGGAUGAGGUGGCCAAUUAUCCCAUAAAGGAGGACUGGUCACAGAUCUUCGCACGAAGCAUCGCCCAUCCCGGUGAUGAUGGACAUCUAGCCAAGCUAGCUCGGGCUUUGGCGCAUGGUCAGGAAGUCUGCCAGGUAUAUGAGAGCAAACACCCCGAGAUGCCGAUCAAGGGAGAUAUGUGGCUUAGGAUUGGCAAUAUAGCCGUUGACUCGACGGUUGAGGAGGGAGAUAGACCGAUGUGGGUUCGCUCUACAGGAUUUGAUGAAGCAUGGGAGCCUCAAGCACGAGCGCAUAUGUAA